AUGGAUCACAUAAGUGAAUUUCCCGAUGCACUGCUCUUGAGUAUAUUGUCUUUUCUGCCUGCGAAAGAUGUUGUGGCCACGAUGGUUUUGUCCAAACGGUGGCAACCGCUUUGGAAGAUGGCGCCAAAACUCAUAUAUGAUGAUGAUAGCAAUGAAAAUUAUCCUAGAUUCGUGGACAGGUCUUUGCUUUUGCAUGAGGCACCAGUUAUAAAAACUUUGCGUUUCAAUCUCGGUCGAAAGUCUGGUGCCGUUGAUAUCGGAGUAUGGACCAGAGCUGCACUUAAACACUGUGUGCAUAAGCUGAUUAUCAAGACGGGGUGUAGUUUUGACAGUGGAGCAGCUCCUGUAAUACUUCCAAGGAGUUUGUACACAGGGUGUAGCAUGCUUGUGAAGUUGAAAAUAGAGGGAGUGGUUCUUGUGGAUGUUACUUCUCCAAUAGCUUUCCCAUCUCUCAAGAAACUAAGCCUUAAAUGGGUGAAAUACCCAAGUGACGAGUUUGUCGAGAGGCUUUUAUCUAGUUGUCAUGUUCUAGAGUGCUUGGUUGUGAAAAAACGUCAAGAUGACAAUGUGAACAUUUUCACCAUAAAAUGCUUAAUCUAAAGAAACAUACGGAAUAA